AUGCUCAGACAGCGACUCCAUCGUGCUCGAGCCACUCACUGCGCCCGCAGCCAUGAUGUUUGCGGGACGCAUGGCCUCGCUGCGUCAUUCAGGCGCACCUGUGCUGCGCGCCGUUGCGGUAGCCUCAGCGCGGUGGUGCUUGGGUGUUGCUAUGCAUCAACAGCGACCUCAUCUACGGCGACGUCACCACCACUGUCAUACGAGACGGCGUCCAUGCCGAAGCUGUCGCCGUCGCAACCACCGGCCACGGCACGGUCACCACGUGUCCCACCUCCGCCGCCACUGUCUCUCCUGUCGUGGGCGGUGGACGGCUCAGGCCAUACCCACCACCGUUGCAGGCGCCGCCUGUCCAUGGAGGAGCGCAUUCCACUCGUGUGCGAGACGAUCCGGGCCACUGCGUCAGACGUGGUCGCUCUCCAAGACUCCACCCCAGAACUCGCGGAGGCGCUCAUCAACGGUCCCGACGAGGGCAUCGCAGCGAAGCCGCCAAGGCCGGCACCGGAACGGCGUCUUCGCAUAUACUGCGCCGAGCUCGCACGCGAUUUGCAACAGCAGCGACCAAGCAACGCUUCGCCUACUUCAUCAGCGUCAGCUGCACCAGUAGCACCUGUAACCACCGAAGCACCACUGAAUGCGGAUUGCCAUGGGCAGCAGCCACCGACCACGGACGCGCCUGGACCUGCUGCAAGCUCCCCGACGCUCCCAGUCGCCUCUUCACCCUCGUGCCGCUACCGUCUUGUCGGCCGUGCUCGCAACGGCCGCUGCGGCGAAGUGCAGCUGUUCAUCAAGGAGGGCUCUGUGUGGGACGCCCAGCUGCUUCCUGGCAUGGGUGCCGGCCUCACGGUGGAGCUGCGCAGCCGCACCCCUGCCGUGCUGCCCCCGCGCACUUCAAAGGGCGAUGCCCCCGCCUCGGACAUCGCCUCGUCUGAGGCGAGCAACCCAACGAGCUCGGCGACGAGGCAGGGCGGCGCAGACCCAGCCGGCAGCGAGGCUGACUCGCCGUGCCACCGCUGCGUUCUCACUACUCUGGACCUCUCGUACCGCGGCAAGAGUCUCGGCACGAACACAGAGGGUCUGCUAGCCGACGCUGCAGUCAGCGCCGAGGGUAGUCCUUUUACGCUGCAGACGCAGCAGCCAUCGUCUCUGUCUGCCGCCAAGCGACACGGACGGGCCCCAGGUCAGCUAGACGCACACCGUGCCAUGGCGCUCGACUGGGUGUAUCACCACGUGCGGCCCGACGUGCUGGUCGGCAACCUCUUCACCGGCGCACGCGAGCACGUCCCUGGCUUCGAGGACACGUGGGUGCGGGCAGGGUCGCCGGCGGGACAGGAGCGGACAACAAACACGUGCGCGCGGCACCGCGUUGAUCACGCGACGAACUACUUCUACUUUCGGCCUUCUCGCAACGUAGCAUCAUCGGAGGCGAUGCAGAGGCUCAUGCGCAUGGAUGAGGCCGCGGCGACGGUCAGCAGGCCGCUGUCGCCGCCUCCACCUCAACCCCCAACAACCGAUGGCACUCCGAGGAGUGCGGCUGCCGCACAGACGACGAGCGGCAAAACCACAGAGACGACAAGCACCACCGUUGUUGCAGUAGCCGCGGACGCUCCGGUCGGCACACCGAUCCCGCUCGCCGCCUCUCGGGACAGUGCGACGGGUUCGUGGCUACUGUGCUCUUCUGCGUGCGGAGGCGGAUUUGUUGCGGGCACUGAACACUGUGAUGGCAGCGCGGCGGCUUCUUCAGCGGCGGAGUGCCAUCGCGCGGCAGAGAACGGGGACGACAGCGUUUGCACGUCGGGCGACAUCACUGUGGGCAUGCCGGAGGUCGCGGGGCGAUUCCAGCGCUGUCUGCUGCGCCGCUGGGUGCGCCGUGGCCCGGCCUCGCGAAGCGGACGCCUCUCCGCUCACCCUUUCCUCCGGCAGUAUCGCCACUGUCGAGUAGUGGUACUGCGGCCCACAGUGGAGGUGGAGCUGUCGGCGGUCGAGCAGGCAUGGCAUACACAGUACAUCACAGCUCAGUACAGCACGCAGAAGUCCGCCAUGCUGACGCCGUCAGCGACUGCCGAGGGCGAGCCGGGAGAGGCUGCAGCAGCAGCUGUCGCUGCGUCCCAGACAAUACGAGUUGGGGAGGGGUCGUCCUUGUCGCCGCGACAGGCUCGGGUGAGCUCUCGCGUGCGCUGCUCCGUGUCGGACCAGUACCCACUACUCACCCUACUGGCGUGA